AUGUCAUCGUCUUCUGAUCCUACAAAGAAAUUGGUAACCGAGUCCUUGAACUCGAUAAAGCACGUUUUUGGAGAUGAUACGGAAAACUCUCUAGUGAAAAUUGAUUCAAUUAGACAAAUACAUACAACAAACACUCUUCAAUACAUCAAGAAGGAAGAAGAGAUGAAGAACCUAUCAGCAAAGCUUGAUAGAGUUUCUAAUACUAAUGAAUCAAUAAUGGCUUCAUUACGCGAAUUGAACGAGUUGGAAUCAAAAGUUGACUUGUUGGAUAAAGUUACGAGUGAGUUGGAUGAGUACUCCAAGGAGCUGGAAGUGAAGAUAAAUACAAGGUUUCCGAGAUGA